AUGGAAAAAACAGAUAACUGCCUACAAAAUGCUUUGCCUAUAUAUGAUUUGGACCCUUCUGGAUACACCACAAUCCCCCCACCUCAAGAAAAGAAACGCAAGAAGACUCAGAAAGAGGAGUUCUCCUCUUCUCAAGUCAUUCUUUUGACUGAUGCACAGAUUCGGGCUGCCCUACUUGACUGGGUCAAGAGAAAAUCCUUUCGGUCUCCAAAAGCUGCCAAAAAUAUGAUUUUAACCGGUGUGAGCCAAGAAACUGCCUACUACUAUAUUCUGGAAAGCUUCACAGAGCGCAGGGCCAUAUGCAACAAGUACGAACCUUUCGACAAAAAGGUCUGUAUUGAUGGGCCGGUGAAAGGAGAGGAGCUGAGCCCCUGGGAGGUCCCAGUGUUUCCAUCUGAGAUGUUCUGCAACCAGGUACAAUACAUGCGGAUACCCCACACCGAUGUGCUGACACAGUGUCCUGAAUGCAAAGAGAAGAAGUGGGCACCCUGCAAGAUAUGCCACGCCUCUUCCAAGGUCAGGUGCCCAGUCUGUCAUGGCAGCGGGAAGAGUCUCAAAAAAAACUGCUGGGCUUGCAAUGGGGAGAGGUUGGUUGCGUGUGCCACAUGCAUGGCCCUGGGUCGAGUGUGCUGUGAGAUGUGCUUAGGAAAAGGCAAGGUCUGCUACUACAAAGAACUGAGGGUGGAGUACAAAAGGAACGUCUGUGAUUAUGUUCACAUGAAGGCUAGCAUUCCAAGGCAAUUAGUGCCCUGGGCACCAGGCGAUGUUCUUUAUGAUAGCACGGCUGAGAGUGUACAAGCCCUGACCACUUUUCCAGAAGAAGAGGUUAACAAAGUUUCUCAAGAGCUACUACGGCAUGCUAGCACUGCUUGGCCAGACUGUCAGAUUAUUCAACAGAGACAUAUACUAAAGUCUAUUCCUAUUAACCGCGUGCUAUACCAGUGGAAGAAUACCUCAGGCAGCUUUUUUGUAUACGGCAGUAGCAACUAUGUUUAUUUUGCAGACUACCCUCAGAACAAGUUUUUGAAAUGCCCUUUAUGCUUUUAG